UUUGAGGAUGUGGGGAGACAGGUGUUGGCAACCGGGGGGAGGAAGCUGCCCCAAGAGCUCUGUGUCCUGAUCAGUAACUACGAGCACAUCCAGGCCGCCCUUUCCAGCAAGGAUGGGCGGCUUCCCAGAGUGUACCGGCUGUUUCGAUAAAGUUGCAGCUGCCCCAGCGAGAACUUUGGUUAAGACAACCCAUUUCUUGCCAAGAUACUUUUGUCUGCAAGAAAGGCAGCUUGGCACACACUCUGGGUGUGGGAGCGUGGUUGGCAGAACCAUUUUCAUGUGUCUGUUCAAAAUCUGUUGAUCCUCAAAAUAACUUAUUUUGUAAGACUCAAACUAUGUGAGAAUUUGAAGGCUAGGCAGGUGAAGAGAGUUGCCUCCUGAAAAUCAGAUUACUCAUGUUGAUUGUCUUUAAUCGGGUGGGUUAAACACCAGGGUGUAAUACUGGCUUUCUUUGUAGGAGUCGUCAGUCUUUGAUGCGAGUGAUCUCACAACUAGCUGCUGUGUGUUUUGGGAGGCCUGACCAUUCAGAAGAUGCCUUCAUGGGGCAAAGGCUCAGUUUAUCAAAAGGCUCCCUCUUGUCUCUUUGGUCCUCUUCUGACAGGAUGUUCCCCCUUAUUUUUGUUAUUUUUCUUAGUAGGUGGGUACCCUUCCAAACAAAACACCUGGCUCCACCCAAUCUUGCCUUUUAUUUCCUAAGAAUGCAUAGGACGGCAUUUGGGACCAAUUCAUUCCUUCUGAGACAAGCUAAUAAUGUUGGUGCUUUCCAUACAUGACCCUCAGAGUCAGGACCGGGAGCCAGGUUUAGUGCUGGGGCACUCCUAAGGAUUGUUGGAGACCCCAGACAUCACUGACUGAACAUGCAGUGAAGAAUUUUUAUCUCUUCAGAAACAGAAUGUAAGGUUCAAACUAGACAUGAUGUUGGCAUUUAACACCUUUAAAAAGGUAAACGGAAGCCGCGAGGGAAGGACUCUAAACUGGGAAUACGAAGCCCUGCCUCAGUGCAGAUGAACAGUCUGAGCUGCUGUCUGGUUUGGGAUGAAAAGCUGCCUCUGGCACAAUGCGUCUUCUGUGCUUAACAGACCCUGUGAUGACUGGGGAAGGGUGGGGAGGGUUUAAAUCACUGUUCCAUUGACAGUUUUUUUCUUACCCCAAUCCUCUGGCUGCUGUUUGCUUUUAUCAAUCAGUCAAUAACUGGUAUACCAGCAGCUGCCAUAGAAAUGCACCUAGUAUAUUACAUAAAUUAGAAUAAUUACAUAAUUGGGAUUCUCCUACCAGAAAAUAUAAAUUCUGUUAUCAGAAUGCUUGGAGGAGUGAGCUGGGCAGAGAGUAAAAAGGGACAGGAAAGCUACCAGACCAAUACACUGCUUAAAAUCUCAGAAGACUUGAGUGGGGCUUCUACCCAUUAUUGCAGAAAUCUGGGUAAUGCAAUUACAGGUUAUUGAAGGCCAUAACAAGGCCAUCUUCUGGAGAAUAUCUAGGAGGAAUCCUGCACGUGCAGGACUUUAGCAUAAAAGAGGGGACCACAAGAGGCUCUCAAGAACCCUGCCUAAAAAUGCUCAAGAACACCCAUGAAAUUCAAUACAACUUUGCAGCAGAAAUUGCAAGGACUAAUAGUGCUGUAUAGAAUUUUGAAGGGCUGUUUUGGUUCAAUGGGACUACAAUCAAAGGAGCCCUCUGCCAUGAAGCAGCCAGCUGAAUUUGAUGGCCCUGUAAUGACACUUGGGGAUUCAAAGCAACACUUGCUUUGUGAAUGAAAGCAAAACUAAAUUAGAUCACAACCAGCCCUAGUAGAUUACUGAGGAAUGCUGAAAAUGCAAGUCCAAACAAAAGAUUUGCAAUUUUAAGGAACAGUAAAUUGUGCAGAACCUUAAGGAUGGAAUGAGAGAAGCCUUUUGAAACUCUCCUUUGGAUUUGCGGGCAGAGAAAUUGGUGGGCGAUUUUUCCAGGGAAAGAAUAUAUUCUCCAACAGAGUCAAAGACAAGAUGCCCCUUUUGUAACAACACAAGCAUUACUACUGAAAACAUGGGUGAUGUUCACAACAGGUUAUUUAAUUUUAGAAUUGCUCUGUAGUGCUUCCACUGAACUGGAAUGAUGCAGUGGCCCCGUUCUAAGCUUUCAGUUGGAACUGAACAAUGGGAAGGGUAACUGCUCCCAGCUAGGUGGAUGGGGGAAUGAAAGCGCAGUUGCUCUUUUCUGCCGACUGGCGAGCAAUGGCACCGUUUCUAAUCAGGAGUGAUGUGAAUUUGUUAGGCACCGCUGAAGCGAGAGGCACUUCAUGUGAGAAAAAUAAAGUCCUACAAGUAGGUCCUUCACUUCAGGGAAAAGAGCUUCCAAUUCCAGCAAGAAUUAAAAGGUUCCAGUGUCCUCACAGCAAUCACUGAAGCAGAACAUAUUGCACAAAUUCCUAAGCAUCUCAUUCAACCAUCAGAUAUGAUCGAGUUGCUCUGCUGGUUUCUUUUCUAUAGCCAGCAGCAAUGAAUUUCACCUGGUAGCUUCAAAACAUUUUACUUUGCUACUUUCUCAGCAAGCAACUUAGCCCACUCCUGCCCUGGAUGAGAAGGGAAUUCACCCAAUGCAUUUUGGAUUUGGGAAUCCCAUUUCUUGCACCUAUUGCAGCUUGCUCCGAGUACAUUCAGACUCCGCUUCAUUGAGAGAGAACAUUUUCCAGCACAAGAGAUUGGAUGGCUUCAUGCAUCAUGCUUCACCUGAUGUUCAACUAACCAUUUUUCUGGAUGCUAAUUAUGCAUUGAACCAUAAAUUUACCCAAUGGGCUGGGUUUGGGCAAUUGCUUGGCCACAAAAAACAAAAAAAACAAGGGUACCACAACUUAGUGGGUUGUGUGAAUGUAAGCUGCUCCAAACAUGCUGUAUGAAU